CCUAGUUGGGGGCUGAUGGUCUUGCUCCGCCCAAUGCUAUAUAAAGAGGGCCCAGGACACCUGCUGGAAUCGAGGUCUCCAUCAUCUCUAUUUCCCUCAAUCUCUUUACUACUACCAGUUCUUUCUUCUACGUUGACUUUCAUACUGACCCCCAAGACCCCACGACAAUGUCUCGCUUCCCUGUCAUUCCUCCAGAUCAACAGACCGCCGAGCAGAGCCUGGUCGAGCCCAGUGCUCGCCGCAUCUUCUCUCAUCUGCCUCCCGAAGUACAAUGGCAGGGUUCCUCGGGUGUCAUUCUGGGCCCUUACUCUCCUCUGUACUACACUCCCUCCAUAAUCAAGCCCUGGUUCUCCUUCGCCUACUCCAUCGGGUCUCAACCCCACGUCACAGCGCGCGAGAAGGAGCUCGCCAUCCUCGCUACUUUAGCUGAACACAGGGCGCCCUAUGUCCAGUACGCCCAUUCGCACAGUGCCCGCGCUGCAGGGUUCUCCCAGGAGCAGAUCGCCCAGGCGCUGCAGGGACAACACCAGCAGCCUCCUGCCGGGUUAUCUGACGCUGAGCAGGCUGCCUAUAUGGCAGCAUUGGCAAUGGCGCGGUCGAGGGGCCCCAUCUCCACGGAGGAUUUCAAGACUGCAGUGGCUGCCCUGGGCAGGGAGAAGGUGGCGGAGUUGGCUCAUGUCGUAGGCGGAUAUAUGUAUGUUUGCUUGCUGUCGAAUUUGGCGAAUGAGGAGGUUCCGGAUGGGGGUGUGGUUGGUGAGGAGGAUGGGAGGGUUGAUGAGUAG